AUGACGAAGGAAGAGGCAGCAAGAUCUUAUAGCAUGAACGACGAUAACGAUACUAUCAACAACAACACCAACUAUAUUCGCAGUGAUGAUUACAACAAUCACAAUCAUAUCGUAGACGACGACGAUGAUGAUAACACUAAUCUGAACAAGCACAAGAGCCAAGCAUGGGGCACGUGGGAGGAGCUGUUAUUGGCAUGCGCCGUUAAGCGACACGGAUUCGGUGAUUGGGACUCCGUCGCGACGGAGGUUCGAUCCCGGAGCUCUAUAUCCGCCGUCUUCGUCUCCGCUAAUAAUUGUAAGCAGAAGUACCGAGAUCUCAAGCGUCGGUUUCAGGAAUCCGCCGGCGGUGAGAGCGAUGCGGCGGCGGAGGCGGAGGACGGAGGAGAUGAAGAGAGGAUCGGGAAUAUUCCUUGGGUUGAACAGCUACGUAGCCUUCGUGUGGCGGAGCUCCGGCGUGAGGUUCAACAAUAUGACGUUUCGAUACUAUCGCUUCAGUUGAAGGUUAAGAAAUUAGAGGAGGAGAGAGAAGGACACCUGAAACCAGAUCUGGAUGACGAGAGGAAAGGAGAGAGAUCGGGGAACGACGGUUUAGAAUCUGAACACCGUGAGAAGGUGGUUUCGACGGCGGAGGAGUCUGACCGGGAAAACAGGUCGAUGAACGAGUCGAACUCGACUACUUCCGGGGGGAAAACAGCCGGAGAAGACGAGAGAGUUGUCGUGGACGAACCGAGCCAGGCUCGCGAUGACUCGGGUGAUAAUAAUCCGAAUCCCGAUCCGGUUUACAAGGCGGAGGCGAUGGAGGAAGGAUCGGUUAGUAGAGGAUCGGAAGUGAGUCACUCGGACGAGUUAGGCGAAUCGGGGACGUCGGAGAGGAAGUGGAAACAGAAACGACGGAAACGUAGCGGCGGCAGUAAGAAUAAUUACGGGGAAGGCGACGGCGAGAUCAGAUCGGCGGUGAGUAAAUCACAGCCGUUGAUUGGACUUAUUGAUCUGAUUCGGUCCCAUCCGCGUGGAUCUUUGUUCGAACGCCGGCUUCGGAGCCAGGACGCCAAGGAUUACAAGAGCUUGGUUAAGCAACAUUUGGACAUUGAAACAAUACACAGAAAGUUGAAGAAAGGAUCAUAUGAUUCUUCAAGCCUCUCUUUCUACAGAGAUCUACAGCUUCUCUUCACAAACGCCAUUAUCUUCUUUCCUUCAUCUUCAUCAGAGUCAAUGGCUGCUCACGAACUGAGAACCGUUGUUUCUCAAGAAAUGAGGAAAGAGACCGGAAGAUCUGCUCCCAGGUUGAUGAACCGGGAGGGAUCGGCUAUGAAUAGUAGUGUCAAAGGAGAUGCUGAAACAUCAGACUCGUCUCUCUCAAGACAGAAAUCUUCGGGUCCUCUUGUCGUUUGUAAGAAGAGGAGUUUAGUUUCAGCUAAGGCCUCUCCAUCUUCGUCAAGCUUUAGCCAAAAAGAGGAGACGAAAGAAGAGAAGCAAUCAGAGGAGAAAGAGAACAUUGUGACGGGGGCAAGAAGCUCGAGAAGAAGCAGCAAAGCUGUCGCUGCUGCUGCAGCUGCAGCUAUGGCUAACAGUACCAAGAUGGGCAAAGGGAAGAACAAACGUAAACAGACGGAGGUGAAAGCAAAUGACAAUACUAAUAACAGUAGCAAGCAAGAGACAGGUAAAACAGAGAAGAAGGCGGUGGUUUCAUCAGAUAAGAAGAAGAGUGUGGCUGAUUUCUUGAAGAGAUUAAAGAAGAACUCUCCGCAAAAGGAAGUCAAAGAACAAAACAAGAGCGGUAAGAAAGAGACCAAAACGAAACCAAGAGAACUUAGAAGCAGUGUGGGUAAAAAGAAGGCCGAGGUAGAGACUACUCCGGUGAAAAGAGGGAGACCGCAGAAGAAAACAGUAGACGCUGUUGCGACUGCCACUGCUUCUGGAAAACGAGGUAGGGAAAGUGGAAGCACGGGAAAAGAUGAUAAACAGCCAAAGAAAAGAAGCAGAAGAUGA